AUGACAAAGAACUUAGACGACGACGAAUACGUCGCUGAGCUACUGAAGCAAGACGCAAAGAACGCAACAAAGAAAUAUGAACUUGUCGGCAUCGAUGCCUUCAACCCCAGGAGAGCAAACUUAGGCGCCCCAAAACCCAACAAGAACUUCUUAAGAAACAUCAUCCGUCAAACCGACCGUCACAAUGCAGCGCUACUUGCGAAAGAGGCAGAAGAGUCUCGUGCGCGACUGAGGACGAUGAACCGCGAGCGCAAAAGAAGAGAUAUGCGCUAUGAAGAAGAGCAAGAAAGAAGGGCUCCUGGAAUAUUGACCCCAGCCCUAGGGGAUGAUGAUUUCACAAAAACGCACUCUGAUAGACGGCGUGACCAUAGUGAGGACGAAGACAGGCAUAGGAGACGACGAAGAAGAAGAAGCAAAGAGCGAGAAUCCUCCAAGAAUACUUCGCCCCACCGACACAGAGACAGGAAGCGCCACAAAAGGAGACACGACAGUAAUGACGAGAGGGAUUCUUCUUGGCGGAAACGUAGACGGUCAAGGUCACCUCACGACAAGGCUCACAGGCACAAAGGAAGCGAUUCUGAUGCCGAUCAGAGGUCACGGAGAAGAGACCGCGAAGAGCGCAGGCACAGAAGACGAAGGUCAUACUCUGAUACGACUUCACAAUCCCGAUCACCACCACCUCGACACUAUGAUCGGCAUGAAAAACGGCGCGAACAUAGAGGACGCUCUCCUAGAGACACCGAAAAAAGCUCCAAACGUAGAUCUGACCGGGAAAAAGACCGGCCAAGCUCCAAAAGACAUGCCGCUUCCCCAGCAUCUGAUUCCGACCCUCUCGAAGCCAUUGUCGGCCCGCUCCCGCCAUCUUCCGAACCCACGGUACGCUCCAAAGGCCGCGGCGCUUUCAAGCCAAACUCUAUGGGUAUCGAAUCACGUUUCUCGUCUACCUACGACCCUAAAGUCGACGUCCGUGCAGACUCCGAUAAUGAAGACGACUGGGGCGAUGCCUUGGAGGCGUUGCGUGACCGCGCACGCUGGAAGCAACAGGGCGCCGAACGUCUCAAGUCUGCGGGAUUUACAGACGAACAAGUGAGGAAGUGGGAGAGAGGCGAAGGACAGAAUGAGGAGGAUGUGGUUUGGAAAGGGAAAGGAGAGGCUAGAGAGUGGGAUCGAGGCAAAGUGGUGGAUGAUGAAGGAGAUGUUGAGCUGAAGGCCGAUUUUGGACGAUUAAAGUAG